UAUUACGUACAUAAUGGACUGGAGGUGUGUCGCUGUGCCUUUAACGUGAACUCGUGACGUUUGUGUUUACUCUAAUACCAUUGGCUGCCUUACUCUUCCGGGUGUGUUUGUGCAGGAAAGCAUGGCAGGAGAAGUGUGGAACCGAGUAAACAUCCCCUUUCCAAGCGCCGUUUCUAGUGUCCGAGUACACUUCGGCUCAGCUACAGAUGAAAUGGUGAAAAACCUGUGGACUGAAAACGAGAAGGUGCUGCAGCUGAUGCGGAGCGAGAUUCUGCAAACGGAGGUACGAGUCCUGUAUGAGCUGAUGUACAACCUCAACAACAGCACCAGAGGCAGCAAGACGUUCAAAGCCUUAAAGCAGGUUGAACAAUGCAUAAACAGGCUGAAGAACAUGAAGCUCAAUGUUGCUCUUCAGGAGCUGGCAGAGCUCUGUCCCAGUAAGACACAAAGAGUACUGGGCAUCAAGGCUCAAGAGUGUGAUGUCCCCAGUCAACCCUUUCUUGAGUGGCUCUGUCUCAAAGUGCUGGGAGCUGCACAGCUGAUGAGCUGCACGUUAAAUCGCUGCAGCAGAGCUUUCCUACUCUCAAAGCAGCAUAUGAAAUUGGAGGAGUUUUUAGUCUUGAAUAUGGUGAUAACCAGCAUGCUCAGUCGUCUCUGGGUCAUUUUCCGUGGUAUCCUAGUCAGCCUGUGCACUCUGUAUCAGCAGAUCCUGAUGCUCCUCAGUGAAGUAGCCAAAGCUCAGCCCAUGCCCUACCUCACAGACUUCUCUCUGCCAGCAGAUUUGACUCAGUUCCUGGGUCUCUCUGAUGCAAUUUUACCAAGGAAACAGUUAACAGACAUUAAGAAACAGAAGAAGAAGAGACCUACUGUUAAAGUCCAGAACAGCAGACAAAAAAGGAACUUUAAAGAAGACCUGGGUGUUGCUAUUGAAAGAGGUGCAGAUCUUGAUGCUCACCUGAAGCCUUUUCUGAAGCCUCUCAGGGACUUCACACAGAGCACAUCCUCCACACGGAAAAAGACUGACGGGAAACAAAGGUUCAAGGAACAAGUGAGAUCGGCUUCUACUUUCACAGACAUGGCGACCUAUCUCGAUGAAAUGAUCCAGUGGUGCCAAGCCCACAAGAUGGGAAAAGAAAGAAGCCUCUUAAACUUCCUGCGUUUGAAGUGUCAGAAGAUGAAACGCCUAGAAGAAGAAGGUUACAAUAUGAAGAGACAAUUGCAGGUGUUCAGACAGGAAGCUUGCUGGGCUUCAUCUCCUCGAGGGUCAAUGCCAAGGACCUGUCAGCCGUCCACUGCGAUGAAAAGAAAUGCUCACCUGAGGACUCGUUUUCACUCGCUCAGGAGCCAGUAUAAGUUUUCAGUGGCAAGAGCUGGUGUUCAAAAGAAACAGCCAAAGAGACAAAGGAAGAGGACCAAGUCAUCAGUGUCAGGCGCUGCCCAAAGAAACAGGACUUCAUACAGGGGAAGAUCUAAGACCACCUGCCAUGACAGCGGUGAUGACAUAGAUGAUAUAUUUGCCACUAUAGGUUUAUGAAACUUCAUAUUGUUUAGAUUUUCCUGAUGCCAGAAUAGAGUUUUUUUUCAUAGUUGAAACUUGUGUUGCAGUUUUUUUUAUGUAUUCCAGCCUGAAAAAUAGUCUUUAAAAAGGGAGACAUUUGAAAACAUUUUAAAUAGAGAAAUAUGACCCUGAACAGUUAUUUAAAGAUUUUUUUGGGGGGGCUUUUCAAGCCUUUUUUUUGGUAGAGACAGCUGAGGAGUGACAGGAAAUGUGGGGAGAGAGAGAUGGGGAAUGACAUGCGGGAAAGAGCCACAGGUCGGAUUCGAACCCUGGCUUCCGCAGCAAAGACUGAGCCUUCACACAUGGGGCGGCUGCUCUACCAACUGAGCUAAACACUGCCCCUGAACAGUAAUUCAAACCACUUACAAAUGUGUCAAAUGAGGGAGGAAUUGCUUAAUGAUGAAAUUCGAUGAACUUGUAUUGUUCCUGCACACUAAAGCCAUAAUUUUAUGGUUCUUAACACCAAAUGAGGCUUUAGCCACUUACAGACACUCACUCCUCUGCUGGCUACAGUCGCAUGCUGUGACAUGCCAUUAUCAGAGCUAUUAAAUACGCAUUUUGUACCACCCUCUGAGGACAACACUGCAGUAUAAUAACAUACCAUUUAUUAUGUACAGCUCAAUAAAAUCAGUUUAACGAAC